AUGGGGAAGCAGCAGCCCGUGCAGCAAGCGCAGCUUCCGGGCGACCUGGAGAAGCACGGCGACGGAAGAAUGGGCGAUUCGACUGCUUCCGAGAGCAAGGGCAGCAGACGAUCGGCCAGACAAGCUUUCGAGGACUGCCCGCUCAUCGAGAUCGUACAUUUCCAUGAGUGCUUGCGCGGGGAGCUGCGUUCCCUCCGAACAAACGUCCAGACCCUGUGCCGCCAGAUGCGAGACCUCCACCACAAAACGCCGUCCGCCGUGGCAGCAGCGCCUUCGCCACGGCAGCAGCACCACCACCACCACGACGGGGACCAAGCCGCAACGGCGCCGAUGACGCUUGAGCUAGAGGGCGACGACGCUGAUCGGACCGAGAAAACGGUACCGGCGGCGGCGGCGGCGGCAGCGGCAGCAGUGGCGGCGGCCCCGUCCACCGCCAACGACGCCUCAACAACAACACCAGGGCCGAUGUCGCCUUCUUCCUCUGCCGCAGCGGGGCCGACGGCGGAGUCGCUUCCGGCGCAGCACCUGGAGCUGGAGGUGCGGGUGCAGAGCCAGUUUCAGCUCCUGUGGGCCGUGUUCCAGAGCCACUCCACGGCGGAGGACGAGGUUAUCUGGCCCGCGCUUAAGGAGAAGGCCCGCUCCAGCGGUGGAAAGCUGAAGCUGGUGAACCACGGUGAUGGUUCCGACACACCAACAGCAGCACCACCACCACCACCACCACCACCAGCCGCAGCUACAGCAGCUGCGGAGGACAUCCCGUCCAACGGCACGGGGGCCGCAAGAAACGAAGGCAAAACCUCGAAAGACGAGCAGCAGGAUGACCCUUCUCGCGUGAAGGGAGAGGCCACCGCAACCGAUGGCGCUAGACGGGCGGAGCAGCGAGAGGUUGUCGCUGGUGGUAGUGGUGUGGAGGGAGGGCGAGGGGGGGGACAGGACGGGGAUGGGGGGCAGUUCGGGGAAGCGAUGAUCGACGAGGCCGAGUACACGGAAGAGCAUCACGAGGAGCAGCUGCUGUUCGAGGGAAUGCAAGAAGUGCUCACGGGUCUGCGAAACACGCGGCACAGCAGCGUCACCGAGCGGCUGGAGGUCGUAAACGGCCUCGGCAAGAAGGCCGACGAGAUGUGCAGGCACCUCAUGACCCACCUCGACAAGGAGGAAGAGAGCGCCCUCCCCCUGAUCAAGCACUACUUCACCGGGCCGGAGAUGGGGGCCCUGGUCGGGAAGAUUAUGGGCAAGCGUCCCACCGAGCUGAUGCAGACGAUAUUAUCGAUGAUGAUCAACAACCUUCCCGAAGAGGAGGUGCGUACGGUGAUGGGCUACAUGAAGCACGCCGUGAAGGACACGUACUUCGAGAAGUGGUUGGCUUCGGGGGGGUUCCAGUGGCCGACGAACAGCGCGCCCAGCAACAGCAACAGCAGCCACAGCUUGAAGAACAGCGUGACCAAGAUGGCGGGAGGAGGAACGGUCACCAAGAGAAUCGGAGGCGGUGGCGCCGCGUGGGCCGGAGCGGGGGGGGUUGUCCAGGGCAUCGGUUACGCCGCCACCGGUGCUAGCACUACCUCUUCCAGCGGCGUCGGCGGCAGCUGCGGCCACAGCCCGUUCCACCAGGCGGCCUCGCGCUCUUCAGGCGCCCUAUCGGCGGACAGUAGUGCCUCCGGCUUCGCCGCGAUGCCGGCACCGACAGCAGCAGCAUCGGCGCCCGGAGCUGAGGAGAGGCGCGGGGGCGGGGGCAUCAAGCGCCAGGGGGGGCCGCUGGGAGAGGCGGCAGCGGGGGUGGGUGGGGGCGCCCGGGGGCUCGACGGGUGUUGCUCUCUGGAUCGGGAGUUCGAGGGGUUGAGUCUCCGCGGCGGAAGACGUGGCAGGGACUCGCCGCCGGGCAGCGCCGCCUCCGGUGCGGCGGCUGUCGAUGGAGGGUCCAGAGGCUGCGAUAGUGAUCGGCAGCAAGCAAUGGCGGCGGGGGGAGGGCGCGUUAGCGGGGCGGAGUUGAGCCUAGGUCCCGGUGACGGAGAGGAGCGCCGCGAUAAGUCGUGCAGCGUGUGCAGCUACAUCGGCCGCUGCCCGGUGAACGAGCCGCUGACCCAGAUGGAGUUCGAGUCGGCGGUAAAGCGGUUGGCGCACGUGAGCGACCUUAGCACGGAGCGCAAGAGCGGUUUGGUGCAGAUGAUGCGCAACCACAUGUACCAGGGCCGGAAGCGCCCCCGGCCGGCGAGCAACACCGCCUCCUCCUCCUCCUCCUCCCCCUCUGCGCGGCCGCCGUUCGCCACCGGCGGAGCAUGGCCGCCGCCGGCCGGGGAGGGGGGGGCGGCCGGCAGGCCCGAGGUGGCCUUGGUAGCGCCGGCAAGGUACUACACGUCCACCCAGCCGGACAUCGAGGACAGCGGCGGCGCCGCGGAUGGGACGUCGGUCCUGCCCCCCACCCUCUUCACCCCGGAGGAGCUAGCUCCGACGUAUCACUGCGGCGCCCCCGCGGGCGGCGGGGCUCCCGGCGACGGGGCGGAUGCUAAGCUGGGCGGGGAAGGCGGCGGGCCCGGUGGCGCGGAGGUGGCGGUGCUCGGGUGCCCGCACUACCGUCGGGCGUGCAAGAUCCGCGCCCCUUGCUGCCAGAAGCUGUUCACGUGCCGGCUCUGCCACGACCAGGUGUCGGACCACAAGAUGGAUCGGGAGGAGGUGACGGAGAUGCUGUGCAUGCGGUGCGAGACCCUGCAGCCGAUCAACAGUGAGUGCCGGAAUCCCAGCUGUCGUCCAGCUGCCGCGGAGGGGAAGCCUCCUUGUACUGGGAGGAAGAUGGCCAGGUACUACUGCGGCAUCUGCCACCUGUUCGACGAUGCCCCUGAGAAGGACAUUUACCACUGCCCCUACUGCAACGUGUGCCGACUUGGGAAAGGGCUGGGAGUGGACUACUAUCACUGCAUGACCUGCAACGCGUGCGUCUCGAUGAACGCGCCGAGCCACACCUGCCUGAGCAAGAGCCUGGAGAGCGAUUGCCCCAUCUGCAACAACAGCCUCUUCACCUCCACCAGCCAGGUCAAGGGCCUCCGGUGCGGACACUUCAUGCACCUCGCGUGCUACAAGGAGUACAUCGGGAGGGCGGAGUCGAGAGAGUUCUGGUAUCGCUGUCCGAUCUGCCGCAAGAGCAUGGAGGACAUGCGCGAGUACUUCUCGCAGAUGGACGCGGUUGUCGCCAGUCAACCAAUGCCCGAGGCGUACGCCGGGUGGAAGACGAAGGUACUCUGCCACGACUGCGAGCGCUACACGGAGGUGCCCUACCACUUCUACUACCUCAAGUGCGGAGCUUGUGGAUCAUACAACACAAGGGCGGAGGAGACGAUGCCUCGCGUGGGAGCGGCCGUAGGGGACCUUCCCCGCCCAACCAUGCUUCCACCCCCUCCCUUCUCGGCCCCGGUGCCGACAAGCUCGGAAAUCGACGGCCAAAACGCUCCUCCCAGGCCUUGAUGGACAUGAAGAGGGAUGCAUGAAGGGGGGGGGGGGGGGGGGGGUUGCGGAAGCGCUUCGAAGGGCCACGUAGAGGCGGGAGAGGAGGGGCACAGAGGCGGGGGUGGUGGGGUCAACGCGAGGGUCACGCCACGAUGCCACGUCGGUGAAGAGUUGUUGGCGACGUGGUUGGUAACGAACCCGGCAAGAAAUGGCAAUCCCCCCCCCGUUACCAGGCUAGCGCAUGGCAGUCAUUCGGGUGACAAGAGCUGCUCUGUGCCGUCGUGACAAAAGCCGGGUCAGUGUUGAUUUGAGAAGUGUUGAUUGUCGGUUGGGAUUUUCGUAUCAUGGCGAGGACCGUCUGCUGGCGUCCGCGGGACCGAGGUCGUAUCCCCCGGCUCGAGGAUCAAUGAGUAGGCCGUGAUGUGGCUCGAGGUAAACGUGCAGUCUGUGGCGUGGAGUCGCCGCUACAGCGAGCAGCGUUGCACAACAGCAAAGGCAACAUCCCAGGGGUGCGGAGUGUCUUGGCCCCUCUCAUUUUCUUCGUUUUCGUUGUUGGUUUGUUGUGAGAAUUUUGUGCGGGCGAAGGAAGUCGAAUUGGUCGCGCCGCGGCGGGGGGUAGGAGCGUGCGCCUGGGCGUCUGCCUGGGCCCGGGCAUGGUUCUCGGACUCUCUCUCUCUAUCCUCUCUCGGCCUGUGGCAGCGUGCAUUGCUGUGGCUGUGUGUACAGACUUGCGACGCGUUCCGCGUAUCAUCGCGGUACGGCACGUCGACUGGCUUUUAUAUGUGUUUGGCGUCCACCACUGUUCCUUGGGGAUUUCGAGCCCGCGGUUCCGGGCGAAGCUUGUG